UGCUCUGCCGGCAGGCAAUUGAUUUUUCAUCUAUUUUAUCUUCUCUUGAAUGAAAAAAAUUCAGUGUCAUGCAGAGUUAGAGGAGGUGAAAAUGGGAAUUGCAGAGAAGUGGGUUUGAAUUUGAAUCUGCAGGUUUCAAUGGCGAAGAGAUUUUUGACAGAGAGCUCACAACCUUUAGCUAAUUCUCCACAGGAAGCUCAGAAAUCUGUUCCUUCUCAAGCAUACAUCUUGGGAAGAAUUAUUAUCGCUGUUUUUGCAGUCUUGGUGGGGUCCUCAUUGCUCGUCUUUUUCUGGAAAAAGCUCUGGCCCAUUUUCAGGCGAAAAUGGCGGCAAAGAGGAGGACUGAAAGCUGAAAGUUUAAUGUUGAGGUGCUUCGAGCUGGAGGAGCUACAAAGGGCAACUAAGAAUUUCAGUCAAGAAUGUUUGGUUGGUUCAGGGGCCUUUGGGAAUGUGUACAAAGGGACAUUUGAAGCAGAGGGCAUACUAGCAAUCAAGAGAGCUCAUGCUGCUUCAUACCAGAGUGUUGAAGAAUUCAGAAAUGAAUUGAGGCUGCUUUCAAAAGUAAAGCACAGGAACCUGGUUGGUUUGGUGGGAUUUUGCGAAGAAGCUGGGCCCAAAGGAGCAAAAGUACUGGUGUAUGAAUAUGUGCCAAAUGGCUCUUUGCUUGACUACAUCAUAGGAAGAGGAGGAAGAACCUUAACUUGGAGGCAAAGAGUAAACAUAGCAAUUGGAGCAGCUAAAGGGAUUGCUCAUUUACAUGAAGGGAUAAAGCCAAGUAUAAUCCACCGUGACAUAAAACCAAGUAAUAUUUUAGUAGGGGAGGGAUUUGAAGCGAAGGUUUCUGAUUUUGGUCUCGUGAAACUGGGACCACUUGAUGAUCAAUCACACGUCAGUAGCCAAAUCAAAGGGACGCCAGGAUAUCUUGACCCUGCAUAUUGUUCAAGUUUUCAUUUGAGUCCUUUUAGUGACGUGUAUAGCUUUGGCGUCAUUCUUCUACAGCUAAUUGCUGCUAGGCCUGCCGUUGACAAAACCAGAACUCGACCUCAGUAUCACAUCAUUGAAUGGGCAAGGCCUAGCAUAGAGAGCGGCAACAUAGAACAGAUUUUGGAUGCACAUCUUCUAGCUGCGCCAUGCAACAAGGAAAUCAUGGUAAAAAUGGGAGAACUUGGCCUAAGAUGUGUGGUGAAAUCACCCAAAGAUCGCCCUACAAUGACUCAAGUGUGGCAAGAAUUAGAAGAGGUUCUUUAUUCUGUUGACAACUUCGACCACAAACUAUCUCUAAUGUCGAAAGAGUCUCAAAGAUCAUCGAUAGGACGGUCACGGGAAUCAACGGAACAAAGGGCCCAAAAAUCUAUUGAUAAUGAUCAUUCUCAAAGUUUUGUGAGUAUAGAUGGUGUUGGAUUUCAAAGGUUUCGUAUUGAUAUGGAUAACCAGUCAUUUCAAAGCUCGAGUUUAAGAAAGUUUGAGAUAGAUAGUAUUAGCUUUGAUAGUGAUAAGAACAAUUUGAGAGAGAUCAAAGAGGAAACAAAUUGAGAAGAUGAUGUUACUAGUUGAAAAUUACAUAAUUAUUGCUUGAGCAAGUCACAUUAGUUUGUGCAGACUAGUGGUUUUCAGCCUAAGUCAGAAUCGUGAAUAACCUGAAUAAAGCUUUCCAAGCCUUUGUUUAAAAAUACAAAUCAAUUUUUAAGGCAUUAACAGUUUCCAUUUUUGUUCUGUUAAUGUUAAAUUCAAGGUGAAAGAGAAGGAAAUUAAUGGCUCAAGACAUG